AACAUACCUACUACCUACUUCAUAUCUCUGAGAGCCCCCUUUCCUGAAUCAGACCCCUAUGCCCAUCACCCUAUAUCCCUAUAGCACAGAACCGAUAGGACAUUAGAAGAAAGAGAAGAAUAAAAUUUUAUGAACAUUUGACAGUUCUUGGUUAACAUUUCAAAUGUUUACAUAUUUUAUAAGAUCUUUAUUCUUUAGUGUCAUUUUUGCAAUGGACACAUCGACUAGCGUUGAUUGUAAUUCAUAUUUCAAUUAUCUUCCUGAUGAAAUUUUGCUAAAGAUUUUAGAGCAGUUGACUACAUUAGAUGUGAUCAAUUUUUGUAAAUGCUAUAAUCGAUAUGCAUAUCUUUAUGGCGAAAAAAAUAUAUUAAGCUGUAUAAACCUUUCAAAAAGGAAUGGAUUCAACAGAUCUUAUUCGUUUUCAACAAUAAUGAAAAAUGUAUGUCCAGAUAUAGUCACAGUACUAAAUAUCACAAAUGUGUAUUGGAUUGCAGCUUCAGAAAUAAGAAAAUGUUUGAAAAAAUUGGUAAAUCUAGAAGAACUUUAUCUAAUAGGAACUAAAGUUGGUAUUUCAAAGACUGACAGCCUAAGUUAUAAAUCAAAAAAGUUGAAAAAAUUGGCAGUCACAAUAGAUGACAAGGAAUUACAAGACUCUCAUGCUCAAUAUUUUCCUAAUGUUGAAAGUUUAUGCGUACAGAUUAUCUCAAAAAAAGAUUUUACUUGUCAGUACCGCUUACAAUGUCUUAUUAAAAAGCUAAAACAAUUAAGUGAAUUAUGGAUUCAUGAUGUUACAAAUUCUUAUCCUCUUGAUUAUGAUCAUUUAGCAUAUACAGGAAGUAAUUUGAAGAUAUUUGCUUUUAAAGCUUUGUGCUCAAUGUUCAGUGAUUUGAAGUUCAAAGGGUUAACUAAAAUAUUCAUUAGUGAAAAAUCUGGUAGAGAAGCUUACUAUGAGAAGCUUGAGUCUAAAAGCCCCGAUCCUCGAACAUUAGCUGCUAGUCCUGCUUGGAAAGUAUUAAAUGAGCUUCACACAUCUGUCCCUUUUGGGUUAUCUGAUGCAAAGAAAUUACAUUAUGGCCUUACAAACAUAAACAAAAUUGAAUUUGAGGAACUCAAUUUUAUGCAUUAUCCAAAUUUAUGUUGUCCCAGGUAUAUAAAUGCAAUAAAGGAAAUUAUAUGUUCAAAUAACUCCAAAAAAUUGCAGAAAUUAGCUUUGACCAACUGUUUAGUCACAGAUAAACGACUCGCAAACUCGGAAGAGAAUCCUAAGAAGAAAAAAAAAUAUGAUCAUAAUGAACCCCUUUCAGAAGAACAUAAAAAGUUUGUGGAUAAUUUAGCUAACUUGAAGAAAUUAGAACUUUACACAUGUUGCAGGUAUGAAGGAUUCAGGAUAUAUUACUUUAUACAAUACUUAAAAAAUUUAACUCAUUUGACUUUGGAGAUUCCAGCUUCCCUGAAUGGAGUAUUCAUCAAAAAGGUAUUUGAGAACUGCAAUUAUCUAGAGACACUGAAGGUUAAUGUGGUAUUAUCGAAUGAAUCUUUUAAUCAAGAUUUCUGGAUGUCAUUAUCAUUAGCCAAAAAUUUGAAAAAUCUAAGGUAUGAGGUUUACCGAAUUUCAUUAGAAAACAUAUUCUUUGGACUUGCAGCAAUGACUAAAAUGGAACGUUUAUUUAUUAAAUGUAAAUAUGUUGACAAUUUUGGCGUUGUGUAUCUCAAAAAGUUCCUCGAGGCAAAUCCUAAUUUAGAACUCAUGGUAAUAAUAAUCAACACUGCCACUGAAACAAUGUUGAAAACAUUGACUAAAAAUAUGAAAGUAUGUAAAGAUCGAAACAAAAUGUUUUUUGCCAAAAAAGAUGAGAGAAUUUUCACAGAAGGAUUUCCAAUACCAGAACUUCAUUACUAUGAUUUAAUAUCUCCACAUACUCAUGUUUCAAAUCUUAAUAUAACUGACAAAUUCCAUAAUAGGUAACUAAUGUUAAUGAAUUUCUUGUAAAUUUGAUUAUCAAUAAAUCAUUUUCUAUGGA